CUCACGUUUCCGUGGUCACCGUGAGAUUGGUUCGCCGUCGGUUUCCUGCAGCAGUAAGAAAAGCAGCGUCGAGACAAACUGGGAAGACUCAACACCACCACCUCCAAUAACUAUACUGUACAAUGAAACUAAUUGCAAUAUCUCCCUCUCUCGAUAUUCGCUUCGUCACGGUUUUACUGCUGGUGAUGGGCCUCUCUACUCCUGGACAAGCAGAAAUCACCAGUCUGGAUUCAGCCAACAUUGAUGAUGUCCUAAAUAAUGCUGGGGUGGCAUUAGUCAAUUUUUACGCUGACUGGUGCAGGUUUAGUCAGAUGCUACAUCCAAUUUUUGAGGAGUCAUCUAACAUAGCAAGAGAAGAGUUCCCUGAAACCAAGCAGGUGGUGUUUGCCCGUGUCGACUGUGACCAACAUUCGGACAUAGCCCAGAGGUACCGCAUCACCAAGUAUCCGACAUUGAAGUUGUUCCGUAAUGGGAUGAUGAUGAAGAGGGAGUACAGGGGUCAGAGGUCAGUGGCGGCCAUUGCUGACUUCAUCCGCCAGCAGCAAGUCGACCCUGUGAAAGAGAUACACUCAUUGGAGGAGAUUAAUACUCUGGAUAGGAGCAAGAGAAACAUCAUAGCUUACUUUGAAAAUAGGGACUCCGAUAACUACCACACAUUUGAAAAGGUUGCCAACAUCCUUCGAGAUGACUGCACGUUCACGGCUGCCUUUGGAGCCAUAUCUGAGGCCGAGCGCUUCAGUGGAGACAAUAUCAUCUACAAGCCUGUAGGGGAGGGCAUCCCUGACAUGGUCUACCUGGGCUCACUCACCAACUUCGACCUGACCUACGCAUGGGCCCAGGACAAGUGUGUGCCUCUGGUCAGGGAGAUCACCUUUGAAAAUGGAGAGGAGCUGACUGAAGAAGGAAUUCCUUUCCUUAUUUUGUUCCAUGUCAAAGAAGACACAGCAAGCUUGGAGAAGUUCCAGCAUGAAGUGGCACGCCAGCUCAUCAGCGAGAAAGGGUCUAUAAACUUCCUGCACGCGGACUGCGAAAAGUUUCGCCAUCCUCUGCUCCAUAUCCAAAAAACUCCUGCUGACUGUCCCGUCAUCGCUAUAGACUCGUUCAGACACAUGUAUGUCUUUCCUGACUUUCAAGACCUCAAUAUCCCUGGCAAGCUGAGACAGUUUGUGUUGGACCUCCACUCUGGAAAGCUACACCGAGAGUUUCACCAUGGCCCUGACCCCACGGACAGCACGCCCGGACAGGGGGAGAUUGAAGGAGACGUGGCCAGCAGCCCCCCAGACAGCUCGUUCCAGAAGCUGGCACCCAGCGAGACUCGCUACACCAUCCUCACACGAGACCGCGAUGAGCUGUGACCUCAACAGCCUUCCAGUGAUCCUAUGACUCAAUGCCACGCCCCAGAGUCAGGGAGGGGGUUUGGUUUGGGACAGGCCAGCGGGACAAAACAGCAACACCCAAUGCCCUUACUGAAGAGAGAAAGAGAGAGAAGAGCUGGAGAAUGAAGAGGAAGAAAGAGGAGAAAAAGAAGACCAGGAGGAGAAGAGAGGGGUUCAGUCCACGACACAACCAUGUUGAAAUAACCUAUAUUUUCAUAACUCUUUCACGUACAAUUUUUAUUUUGGAUCAAACGGAAGGGGGCUAAAGUCGAAAAUGUGUGUGGGCAGGGGUUAGGGGCAUUAGGGCAUCAAGAGAAGUGUUUUUACUUUUAUUUUUUGGAGCUUGUAAAUAUGUUUUGUGCUACAUGGGAGUCUCAUUGUUGGUCUAAAUUAAAUGCAGAGUUUUCUUUAUUUUAUUUCUUUCUUUUACAUCACCCGGCUUUUUGUAGUAAAAAAAACCAGAACAGUUCCUCACUCCAGUCGUACGGUUCUUAUCUGUGGGUAGUCCAGUUCAGCCUGUCUAAUAGGAGACGCUUGUUUAGUCUCUGACCUCAUGACUGCGUCUCAAUAUGACCAACUCUAGUCUAAUUCAUUUGUAUAGUACAAGUUCUAACAAUAUGGCUGUUUGAAGUAGCUGUAUCUCCAUAUCUUCUCCGCACAGAGUCCUGAAGGAAUAGAAAAUUAUUUUUAAAUGCUUGGUAGGGCUAACAUAAUUUUAAACAUAAUUUCAACAGAAGAUAAAGACACAGCUACUCCAGCCUACUUCAUGCACCCCUUCUCUCCCUGGUACUUAAUGGUUAUGGAGGGUCUCUUACAGUGCUUAUAAAAGUAUUGCCCCCUCGGAACUUUUUAUGCGUCACUGUUUUACAACACUAAAGCACAGUGGAUGUAAUCAACAGAAAAUACUGUCAAAGUGAAUGAGCCCUUCUGGCCAUCAUUCUAAAUUCCUUGUUAAGUAUAAGGCUAAAACUACACCACCAAAACACAUCAACCCUAUCACGAAGCCUGCUGGUGGCAGCAGCAUGCUGUGUGGAGGCUUCUUUGUAGCGGGCCCUGGGCGACAUGUGACGGUAGAAGUUAUAGUUGGUGCAGCAAAGUACAGAGCAAUAUUGGUAAAAAAAAA